AUAAUAAAUAAAGAGCAGCCGAAAGAAAACUGAAAAUCAUUUAAGGUUGAAGUUAUGUACACGACAGAUAAUUACAGAACUGCAAGACUGAAGCUUCCAGUUGCCGAAAGACACUCAGAUUUGCAGACAGCAGAAGAUGAAGAAGAUGAUGAAAUUCCAAAAAGGACAAAAAGAAGGAAAAUAGCAAACACAAGAUUUGAUAGUGAUAGCGACGGUGAUGUCUGUAGCAAACCCAAAAGCCAUCUACCUCCACCACCCAAGAUAACCCCUCCUCAAAAAUUUUCAAAAUCAACCACCAAGAUAUCUGCUGACCUUGGAGAACUUGGACGAAAUGCAAAAUCAAUGUGCAGGAUGCAUCAACCUGACAGUGUUCAGCUACAUUCUGAAUGUAGGUACACUGAAUGUGGAAGAUGCACUCAAGAAAUGAAAAGCCUGAGAAAUGAUUACAAAAGUCAAAGUGCAUCUACAGUGGAAGAGCACCUAACCCCAGAGUGUGUGGAAAUUGCAAAUACUGCAUUUAGACACUGGUCUACCUCACAACAAAAUGAUGGACCAAAUCAAGACAUUUAUGGCCCCAUUCUUCGAAACAUUCAGGUUAAGCAGGAAAUGAUGAUGGAGCAAGUCAAAGUGAUUUUAAAAACCGUACAAGACCUACAUGAGAAAUGCUGUAGUGACAGUGGUUCAGAUCCAGUGCUGGAAAAAGACAUUCUUCCACUUCAAGAUCUCACAUCCAUGCAACAGCUUGAAAGUGACCUAGCGGUUGGUGGAGAUUUAAAAAAAAAACUAAUUACAUUGCUUGGGAUUCAAGGAGGCAUUGAUGUGAGAGACACGGUGUGGAGAAUCAUGAGGCAAACUUUCACCAAUUCAUUGGCCAAACAACUUAACUGGAGGGGAAUAAAUGGAAAAACAUGUUUUCAUUAA